AUGGAGCCUCAACGUCUGCUGGUCUGGGGCCAUUCAGCACCUCGAAGCUACAUACGGCAAAUAUUCUGCUUCCCCUUCGUCGACGGCAAAUCCAACGAUGCCUAUACCCACCUCAGAACCAGUCUGCGCAAAAUUGCUUUGCAAUAUCCCUACUUGACGGAACAUCUGAGAUUGAAGGACGAUCACCAAGCUAAUGUCGUCUACUAUUCCCCCAACGUGGAUACACGCACCCAUCGUCAAUCCAUUCCUUUCGAAACGCUCGACGCUAUGGAUAGCUUUCCCUGGACGUACCACCAGCUCAAGCGAGAAGAGUUCACACCGCGCGCUUUCUACGGAGAUCUGUUCUGUCCUGCAGAUGCGAUCACGCACGAGGGCAAACCUGUUCCCGUGUUGCAACUUCGUGCAGUCCAUAUCACGGGCGGCUUGCUGCUCAGUAUCUUCCUGCACCACUGUAUUGCUGAUGGCGACUGUAGUAGACUAGUACUCGAGGCAAUCGCAGCCCACACCCGAGGGAAUAGGGCCGCAAAGCUGCACACAGAGCUCAAGCUCAACAUUCCUUGUCCACCAACAGCAGCGCUCGCACAGAUCCGUCAAGCGAAAUCCCGUUCCAUGGACGAGAUUGUCAAUACAUGCCCCGGAUACGCCGUUUUACCGGCCGGGAACGCCGCCCCACGCUACAUGCCACGGAAUCGAGAAGGCAAGAUCUUCGUCAUCCGUCUCGAGAAACUCAAGCAACUGCAGAAGUCUCUCAGAGAUGCCGACUCAUCCAACACCGCCCCAUCCACGCACGUCGCGAACUACUUCGGCUAUGGAGUCACAUACGCCAUAGCCGUAGCUCCGCAAGCCAAGCUGAAAACCGCUCACGAGUUCCCAGAAGCAGAAGGCCUCCGAAACCUCGCUUCGACCAUCUCGGCAGCCUUCAAAGAUAUCGACGAGGAAUUCGUCUCCACCCGCACUGCGAUGCUGGAGGCUUGCCCGGACCUGAAGCGGGUCGGCGUGAUGAUCGACGCCGGUCCCUGGGAUCCUCACCACUACCACUACAACACCUGGCGGUUCUUCGGCGCGGACGCUGAGUGGGACGUACCUGGAUUUCUCAGCUCCAAGCCCGACGCUAUCAGACGUGGACAGUCGGACUGGACUUUCGGUGCCGCGAGUGUGAUGCUGGCCAGGAAGGAGGCCGACGGUGAGGCCAAGGGAACUAUUGACCGGAUGUAG